CAAUGAUUUUAUUUUAAGUAGAUCCGAAUUACCGAGGACAUUGAAUGCAUCUCGGGUCUUACUGCGCAUGUCAGUUAGCGGCGUCUUCCGGUUGAAACUGCUCAGACGGCAGAGAUGUCUGCUUCACUGAACCUGCGUCUUCUCUACUGCUACGCCAAGCCAGGCGCGUUUGGGAGCACUCUCGCACGUCCUUUCAGUGUCGGCGUGCAACGCAGUGGCUUCAAGUAUGUUAACGCUCAAGAGCAGGCCACAGACUUGAAGUCCAUCACUGACCGUGCUGCAACUACUCUCCUGUGGACAGAGCUCUUCAGAGGUUUGGGGAUGACCAUGAGUUACCUUUUCCGUGAACCCGCCACCAUCAACUACCCCUUUGAGAAGGGCCCCCUUUCGCCUCGCUUCCGCGGUGAGCACGCCCUGCGUCGCUACCCCAGUGGAGAGGAGCGCUGCAUCGCCUGCAAGCUGUGUGAGGCCAUAUGCCCCGCUCAGGCAAUCACCAUUGAGGCGGAGACUCGCGCGGACGGCAGCAGGAGGACCACGCGCUACGACAUCGACAUGACCAAGUGCAUCUACUGCGGCUUCUGCCAGGAAGCCUGUCCUGUGGACGCCAUUGUCGAGGGCCCAAACUUUGAGUUCUCGACAGAAACACACGAGGAGCUGCUGUACAACAAAGAGAAGCUGCUCAACAAUGGAGACCGAUGGGAGGCUGAGAUCGCGGCCAACAUCCAAGCAGACUACCUGUACAGAUAAGACUCGUCAGUGUGCCAGCAGGAUGUGCCUGCAUCACAGGCUGUCAUCAUGUCUUACACAUGCACACGCUUUUGUUAGCUCCAUGAAUAACUUAUUCUUUCACAGCCA